UUUGUUCUUUCUGCAGUCAUCUUGGACCACAGCAGCGCUGCUUCUGAUUUGGAGGGUUCCUCUCCGGUAUGGUGUGGAGCGAAGCUCGGAGCCUGCGUUUGGUUCGCAGUUGUAGGUGCCAGUAUGAGCGGACUCACCAGCUAGAUGUGCCAGGGAAGGAGCGUCCUAGGUGCCAAAGAAGGGGCAUCAUACUGCCACAGGCAGCGCACAUAUGUACAGGGAUGCAGAUCACUCUGGAGUUUGUUGGGUUUGUAUAAGCCACCCCAGAGAGGCUGCCCACUGGCCCCAUCCAUAGGUUCCCGGCUACCCUGGAGCUGGUCCAUUUCUCCUUCUAAUCCCAGUAUUUGGAGGCUCCCCAGUGUUAGACCCAUGAGGCACAUCCAGAUGGAAGCACCACCCAAGGAGGAGGCAGGUGGUGAGAACGGGCAGCCUGCCCACGUUGACGCAGCGUUUGCAGGCCAGGUGGGAGUUCUGAACGUUGCUCAGGACUGUAGGGUUCUCGUUGGAUACCCCGAAACAACGGAGCACAAACGCCAGAAAGUCUAUCAUGUAUCUAUAACAUCUGAUAUCCCGGGGCCUAAAGCCAUUUGCCGCCAAGCCUUGAAGAGAGGUCCUCCGGAUCAGCUUCCGGAGCCUGCGAGGAGCCCAAGGAGAACCAUGUGGGGCCAGUCCAGAAGUGACUGCCCGCCUGGACACGGCCAGUCAGAUGGGGACUAUCCGAGUAGCUCACUUGUUGAUGAUGAGGAUGAUCAGGACAUUUUUGAGGAUGGAUUGCUUUCAGAAGAGAUGCCAAUGUGCAGUUCCGCUCAGCAUUUCUCCCAUAGCGGACUGCGGGUCAUUGAACACAGAGCGGAGGGCUUCCUUUCCAAGGAUUCUCCUACUAGGAGAGUGACCUCUCCACCUCUCCAGAAGGUCGGUUGUAGAAGAACUGAAUCUCUCUCUCCUCCGCCCUGCACCACUUUGCACAGAAGCAGUCUGAAAGAGAGACAGCUGGGGAACUCUGAAGGACUGUCAAUCGCCUCUGAAUCCAACGGGACUAUUCUCUCGACUGACCCAAGGACUUCAGAGGCAUCUACCAGCAACCAGCACAUACUUGAUCUUGUUUUGCACAACAUUGCACAUACAGAGACGUUGGUGGAAAAGUUAGACGACAGCCCUGGUGGCAGUCAUGACUGUGCCAAUGGCAACUUCGAAGCAUCUAAGGAGGCUUCUAAAGUCUAUGUAGAAGAUGGGAAGAUGCCUACUGCUGAUGGGGAAGACCUGAGUUCCUUGGAGAGGACUCCUCCUGGGGCCGCCCGCCUGGGCACCCCUGGAAGCAGCAGCGUUGCCGUGAAGAGAAAACUACUUCCAUCCACCGAGACUGGCGACUCUUGUUCUGACGAUGAAGGACCUGGGAAGAGAUGGAAGGGGGCUGAGACCUGCCAGGCCCUUCAUGGAUCUUGCAGAAGCACUGACUCCAAGGGGGCGCCUUUCUGGAACCAUCUUUUGCCAUCAUCACGCAAUGCUCAAAAGCAAUGUUUGUGGGUGGAAUACCUCAAGCAGAAACUUUACUCUAAGGUGUCUUGGGGUCCACCACUUUUAAAUCGUGCUCCAUGA